AUGGUCCCCCCGCCGCCCCGCCAGCCGCCGCCCCCGGCGCGCUCGGGCCGGGGCGCGGUGCGCUUGCAGCGCGCUUUCCUGCGCGGCCCGCUGGGCGUGCUGCGGGUGCUGCAGCUGGUGGCCGGCGCCGCCUUCUGGGUCACCAUCGCCACCAGCAAGUACCAGGGCCCCGUGCACUUCGCGCUCUUCGUGUCCGUGCUCUUCUGGCUGCUCACGCUGGGCCUCUACUUCGUCACGCUGCUGGGCAAGCACGAGCUGGUGCCCGUGCUGGGCUCCCGCUGGCUGGUGGUCAACGUGGCGCACGACCUGCUGGCCGCCGGGCUCUACGGGGCGGCCACGGCCGUCAUGAUCGACCAGACGCACCGGCACAGCUACUGCAACCUCAAGGAUUACCAGCUGCCCUGCGCCUACCGCGCCUUCCUGGCGGCCGCGGUGUGCGGCGGCCUGUGCCUCGGCCUCUACCUGCUGUCCGCCUUCUACGGCUGCUGUCGCCGCUGCCAAGGGGAGCAGGAGGUGGCCUGAGGCCUCUGCGCCGCGCGCGCGGGGCCGGGGACCCUCCCCGUUGGCGCUCCGCUCUGCGCUGCGCCCCGACC